AUUGGCGUUAAAUGUUUUGUUAUUCCUGCAUGAUAUCCUAUUGGUGCGCGGAGCUGUUCGCAGACGCAGUUUCGCAUGCCACAGUUGCAGACGGGUUUUCGCACAUAACUCCUACAGUAUACUGACUGUGAAGUUGUCAGGUUACCUAUGAACCCGAUAGUUAGCUUUUGCAAUGUCUAGAUAGUUUCGUUUGCAAUGGGCGUACAUUUGACAGGAGGCGACGCCGGACCCCGUAGGCCUGGCAGGAAACUAGCCGUAGUUGUAGGCGCUGGUGUGGCUGGCUGUCAAGCCGCUAGGGCACUUCUUCGAGCAGGCUACGACACCCUUGUCCUUGAGCAGGGACGUGGAGUUGGAGGCGUAUGGAGACGCAACUACCAUUCCUUUGGGCUUCAAGUCCCCGCCUGCUGCUACACGUUUCCCGAGUUCCCGUAUGAGAAGGCGCCGCCCGAACUGCGUGAACGGGUGCAGCGUGAGGUGUACCCCUCGGGCGGCUCUGUGCAGGAGUACAUCGCCGCGUACUGCGCUCACUUCCAACUUGAGCCGUACAUCCUGUACGGCGCCAAGGUAGUCCACAUCGCCCAGCUGCCUCCCUCCGCUACCGCUACUGCUGCCGGUGCUGCUGCGGCUCCCACCCCUGCUACCGCCCACACAAACGGGAGCACCGCCGCUGCUGCUAGGGACCCGCCGGCCACCACCUCCGGCGGCGCAGCUCCUGGCAGCGGCAGCGGCGGGGCCUGCGGGUCGGUGGGUCGCUGGUGUGUUCGCUUCCGUCACGCCGCCGCCGCGGGUCAGUCCCCGGACCAGGGCGCGCUGAAGACGAUGGAGGCGGACGUGGUGGUGAUGGCCACCGGGAGCUACUACAGCCCCUACGUGCCGUUCGUGCAGGGUCUGGGCAGCUUCAAGGGGCGGGUGCUGCACGCGCGCGACUUCACGCACCUCGACCUGCUGCGCGGGCGGCGGGUUUUGGUGCUGGGCGGCGGCAAGUCGGCGCACGACUGCGCAGUGGUGGCGGCCUCGCCCGCCGCCGCCGCCGCGGGCGUUACGUCGCUGUUCCGACAGGCCCACUGGCCGCUGCCUCGGUCGCUGUUCGGGCUGCCGUUCCACCGGGUGGUGUACACUCGCUUCACGGCCGGCAUGCUGCCCAUGUACUACACGGCCCAGGGCCGUGUCUCCAAGCGGUUGAAGCACGCGCUGCUGUCGCCCGUGAAGCGGCUGUUCUGGCGGGUGCUGGAGGGGCACGUGGCGCGGCGCAUGCGGCUGAGCGGGCCGCUGAGACCCGAGCUGGGCUUCGUGCAGGACAUGUUCUUUGGGGGGCAGAUUCAGGAGGGCAGCUGGAACGAGGCGGUCAACGCGGGUCGCAUCCGCGCCGUGCAGGGGCAGCUGGAGGAGGUGCUGCCCGGGGGGGUGCGGCUGGCGGACGGGACCGUCAUUGACUGCGAUGUCAUCAUCUUCGCCACCGGAUACGCCAAGGACUACAGCCUGUUCGACCCAGCUGUACCGGUCGGUGGUGUCGCCGCGGGUGGGCAACCUGUUCUUCAUAGGGAACGAGGCCACCACCUUCAACAACGUGCUGACCAGCGGGCUGCAGUCGCUGUGGCUGCUGCACCUGCUGCUGGGCGGGCUGCGGCUGCCGCACCCCAGGGAGCAGCUGGCGGACACGCUGUCCCAGCAGCGGUGGCGCCAGCGCGUCAUGCCUCCGCAGCUGCUCUCCUCCUCCGCCCUCAUGCUCUACCAGCAGCGCUACCACGACCAGCUGCUGGCGGACAUGGGGCACCAGCCGCGACGCAAGCGGGCGGCGAGGCGAGGGGGCAGCGAGUGCUUUGGGCUGUACACCUCGGAGGACUACGCGGAGCUCUUCCGGGAGGAGGCGAUACCGGGGCUGGCGGAGGCGGCGGCAGCCGCGGCGGCGGCGGCGCCGCAGAGGACUGCUGCGGAGGUGGUGGCGGCGGCGGUGACGCUGAUGCCGGCGGCGGCUGCAAUUGGGGCGCGACUGGAUCUGGCAGUGAUGGCUGGGGGGGGCGGAGGCGGCGGUGGGAGUACGGCAGCUGGCGGGCAGAAUCCCCGGCGGGCGGUGUUGCUGCCGGUGUGUGCGAGCAACAACAGCUGUGGCGGCGCCGCCAUUGCGGUCGCCGUGGGCGGCGGCACCAGCAGUGAGCAUACGUCGGCGCUAGUGACGGGGGCGAAUGCGGCGGGGCCGGCGACUGUGGAGUCGAACUCGUACAUUGGCAGUUUCGACAGUCCCCGGGUGGGGUCGGCGGCGGCGGCAGCAGCGGCUCGUGGCCGGGUGGCGGAGGGCGCUCCUCCGUCGGCUCCUCUGGAGCCCCUGAGGGAGAACGAGGGCUCAGGUGGUAAACAACGCUACCUGCGGCCCCCCGUGGCGGCCGACGGAGGCGGGAUGUGCGGCGAUGGCUUACUUGACAACUGCUUCAACUGCAACGGCAACUGCAGCGGCUGUGACGGCCGCGUCUCCAACGGCCCCUCCGCGGACCCCGCUGCGGCGACUUGCCUGGACACUGGCGGCGCCGCGUCCAUCUUCACCACCACAGCCGCCGUGUCGUUUGUACGGCAGCCGCCUGCCGCCGCCGUGGCGCCGCCGCCAGUGCCGCUGGCUCACCGAGUACGGCUGCAUGUACUGCACCUCAUCAACCGCAGCUCCAGCGGAGCUCAUAACAGCGGAGGCGGAGGCGGAGGCGGCGCUGCCAACGCGUCACACAGCCACCCACAUCAGCAGAUCCUGGGCGCGACAGAGGACGUACUUGAGCUGCAGAUGCCGUCCUCGUACGGCAUCCUGACCAGCCGCCAGCCGGAUUCCUCCCUGGCCGCCACCAGCCUGGCUGCAGGCGGGGCGGGGGGUGUGGGGCUGUCUAGCAGCAUGUGUUUCGACAUGUUGCGGCACGGUGCACCGAAUGUGUACCAUGAGCUGGUGGGGACACUGGAUGUGAAUUGAGGGAUGCCAUUGAGGGGUGACAGCAAAGGGAAGAGGUGUGCGGCAGGAGAAGAGCGGGUCAUAGUCACCAGGUUUUUGCCGGCGGUGUUCCUUUCUAGCAGCACUGCUAUUUAUCCGUGAUUGGCGCUGCGUGUACAAGUUGCGACAGCUUUGCGUCCCGAGAUUGCGGUUGUUGUUGGUUGUUGUGUUACAUGGUCGGCUGCCCUCAUGUUUCCUUCAUUGCCAUGCGCUCCUAUUUAUAAGAGAAACCCAAAACGAUGUCAAUGUACGUUGAACAUGUGGAACUGAAAUCUUGCUGUGUAGCUACCGAAAAUAUGCAACAGACCGUGUAGCUGCAAGCAAAGUAUGAUGAUGGUAGGGCAUGUCGUGAAGAAUGAGGGUUGGUUUCCUAUCCUUUUGGACCGAUUGGGCGUUGUGCGGCUGGGAGGGGGGAAAAGCGUGUUGGGAGGUGCUGGGUGCCGCACGAGGUUUUUAUCAGCAGGCGGAGUACCCUCCUUGAGUCAGAGUUGUUGCAAGAAGUUCGUGUCACUUGUUAUGUUGGGGAAAGGGGGUUGGGGCUGCCAUCCCUCCUUUCCCACGUCACACUUCGUUAGUUGGAACUUCCGGUGAUGGUGUUACUCUUGAUUCAACCUCCAUCCUUUCCACCCCCGUGUGGUCUCAUGGGGUUAUGCGCGUGGCGUUCUUCAGUUGUCCUCACUCACUCCCGGACCCUUGUGCGAUCGAAUGAUGAACCCAAGACCAAACCCAAACCCCGAACCCGACAGAGCUUUCGUUCGCUGUUUGUAGCCCUCUCUGCGUCCGGGCAUGGCUAAGAGCAUGGCUUUCUGCUGCCGUAUGUGCUGUUUGUCAAGAUGUGCGGUUUGGGUCCGUGUUCAUGUUGUCCCGCAUGUUUUGUUGCUUUCCAAGAGAAGCACAUGUUACGGGGAAUAAAUGCACCCGUGUGAUCGUAGGGAGUAGAAAAGCAAUGCGCUAAUAGCUCACGGUGAUUGCGAAUGUUGCAAUGGUGUUGCUGCCUAGGGGGUAUGUGCUCUUGAGCCUUGUGAACACGUGGACGUGGGUUUUAUUGAAGGGGGAAUGCCUUAUUGUGAGAAAUGCUACUAUGUUUUGUGGAAAGAUGGGUAAUGACGUGAUCUGCCUCGUAUGUAGAUGGCUUACAGGGAAGGUUCAGUAACAAUGCUGCUUUG